CAAUUUCCCAUCGUCCUUUGCGCCUCGACCCGCACAUCCGGUUUGCUCUGGAUCAGUCGCACACGUGUUGUUUUGAGCCGCUCGCUGCUCUGCUGAUUAUAAACCUGGUUUUGUUCGGAUAUUUUCGAAAUAAACCGUAAUCUGGUGCGUGACUGUGACUGUCGAGAGUUUAUCAUCAUGUUCCUGCAGUUUUAUCUGAAUGAGAACGGCGACAGGGUUUAUACUCUGAAGAAAGUGGACCCGACCGGUCAGCCCACCAGCUCGGCGCACCCGGCCCGCUUCUCACCGGACGACAAGUUCUCCAGACACCGCGUGACCAUCAAGAAACGCUUCGGGCUUCUGCUCACACAACAACCGCGACCCGUGCUCUGAACCGAACUUUUACACUAUUUUUUUUUUAAUUUUUUUUUUUAAAUUGAACAAUGUUAUGUUUAUUUUCUGGUUACUAGAAGUAUGACAUUUUGUUUGUUGAUCAGCAUGUGAAUUAAUCUUUAUGUGAAAUUUAAUAAAAUGCGUGAUUUGUA